AUGGCGGCAGAAGCAUCUGGUGCUCAGACUGUCAUGCGCGGCGGGCCGUACCACCGGGCUUCGGGGAUCGGGGCGGGGGCGGAGCGGACCAUCGGGGCUACCGGGAGCCAUGUUGGAGCUGCGGGAGGCGGCGGCGGCGGGGAUGCUGUGGCGGGGGCAGCGGGGGCCAGGGCAGUGGGCUCAGGCUGCACCGGCGGCGGAGUAGAUGGUGCCCGAGGGGCGGCAGGGGCGGGGGCGUGGAGCUACAGGGUGGGGGUCAGGGGACUGGGGUGGGGGCCCGGGAGGCGGCGGCUGCGGCGGGGGCGGCGGCGGCGGGGGCCCGGGCGGUGGGGUGGGCCUGGAGCCGGGGAGAGGGACGGGGGCAGCAGAGUCCAGGCCGGGGGGCGGGGGGCCAUGACGGAGCGGCCGCCGUGCAGGGGGCUCCAGAGCCGGCCGUGGCUACUGCUGCUGCUCCUGUUCCUCCUCCUCUCUUUGUUCCCUCUCAGCCUGGAGGAGCCGGGGGGCAGCAGCGACGAAGGCCGCGGCCUCAGGGCCCGAGGAGAAGCGGCCAAGGGACCCAGGGAACAGGGCUCCCGUGGAACCUUAGGUCUUUGUCCCGAGAUUCGUGGAGCCCCGGAGGCUGUUGGCAGCGUUGGUGUCGCCUCCCCUCGGAACCCUACGACCCCGGAGGGACAGCGGCUUGGGGAGGGAGGGAAGACUGGCCCAGGAACUAGAAGCGGUGGCCAUGUCCCCUCAGGGCUCCCCAGGGGGGCCUUGGGUCUGCGCCACACUGAACAGGGUCUUCAGCCCCAGGAGGGGUCCCCGGGGACAGGCUCUAGGGAGGAGCGGUCAGUGGGACCGGGGUCCGGAACCCUGCUAUGUUGGGCUCGGGAGGUCAUAUCCUGCGGGAGGCCGGGUCCAGGGCGCUGUCUGGCUUCUGGGGGUCGGUCCCCGGGGCCCUUGGCCUCUGGGAGGAGAGGCCCGCCCCAUGCCGGUAGUCUCCCCUCGGCUCUUCCCUCCAGGCUCCGCUUUCCCAGCUCCUCUCAGGCUUCAGAGUCUGGUCAAAAAGUGCAUAGAGGCGGCCGGGAGAGGCUGGGGACUUUACAGGCUGUGAGCUGUGGCGACGAAGUAUCCCGGCUACGGCGAGUUGGCGAGCCGGCUUCAGCACCACGAGCUUCGGGGACAGCUCCCGACACCAUAGCCCAGCGCAGGCGCCUCCGCCCGCGCGGCUUGCUCUGCUGUGCGCCCCCCAGCGUUCCCGGUACCCGUUCUCGACGUGCAGCGAACCGCCACCCUCACUUUCCCCAGUACAAUUACCAAGCGCUGGUGGCUGAGAACCAAGCACCCGGCACUCCCGUGCUGAGCGUGGCGGCCCAGGACCCGGACGCAGGGGAGGCUGGCAGGCUAAUCUACUCCAUGGCGGCGCUCAUGAACAGCCGCUCCAUGGAACUGUUCCGCAUUGAUGCCACCAGCGGCCUGAUUAGCACUGCCGAGCCACUGGACCGCGAGAGCAUGGACUUACACUACUUUCGAGUGACAGCUCUGGAUCAUGGCUCCCCGCGCCUGUCUGCCACUACCAUGGUGGCUGUCACGGUGGCUGAUCGCAACGAUCAUUCACCCGUAUUCGAGCAGACAGAGUACCGGGAGACAAUUCGGGAGAAUGUGGAGGAAGGGUACCCCAUACUACAGUUGCGAGCCACGGACGGGGAUGCAGCCGCAAAUGCCAAUAUCCGAUACCGUUUUGUGGACCCACCUGCUGCACAAGCUGUUUUUGAGAUUGACCCUCGCUCAGGCCUCAUCACCACUAGCGGUAGAGUGGAUAGGGAGCAGAAGGAAAACUAUGAGCUGGCCGUGGAGGCCAGCGACCAGGGUGGGGAGCCAGGGCCCCGUUCUGCCACUGUGCGUGUGCAUAUCACCGUCCUAGAUGAGAAUGACAAUGCCCCCCAGUUUAGUGAGAAACGAUACCUCGCCCAAGUAAGGGAGGAUGUGCGUCCACAUACGGAGGUGCUCCGCGUUACAGCCACAGACCUCGACAAGGACACUAAUGCCCUGGUCCAUUAUAAUAUCAUCAGUGGCAAUAGCCGGGGUCAUUUUGCCAUUGACAGUCUCACCGGCGAGAUCCAGGUGGUGGCCCCGCUAGACUUUGAAGUAGAGCGAGAGUACGCCCUGAGGAUCCGAGCUCAGGAUUCAGGGAGGCCUCCUUUGUCCAACAAUACUGGCCUAGCCAGUAUUCAGGUGGUGGACGUCAAUGACCACGCUCCUAUCUUCGUCAGCACCCCCUUCCAGGUGUCUGUCCUAGAAAAUGCCCCUCUGGGCCACUCGGUCAUUCACAUCCAAGCUGUGGAUGCUGACCACGGGGAGAAUGCCCGGCUGGAAUACAAACUGACUGGCAUGGCCCCAGACACACCCUUUGUAGUCAACAGUGCCACAGGCUGGAUUACAGUAAGUGGGCCCCUGGACCGGGAAUCCGUAGAGCAUUACUUUUUUGGGGUGGAGGCUGUGGACCAUGGUUCACCCCCACUUUCUGCCUCAGCUAGUGUUACCAUUACUGUCAUGGAUGUGAAUGACAAUCGACCAGAAUUCACCCAGAAGGAGUACCACCUUCGGCUGAAUGAGGAUGCAGCUGUGGGUACCAGUGUCCUUAGUGUGACUGCUGUAGACCGAGAUAUCAACAGUGCUAUCAGCUACCAGAUCACUGGGGGCAAUACCAGGAACCGUUUUGCUAUUAGCACGCAGGGGGGAAUGGGACUGGUCACACUAGCCUUGCCAUUAGACUAUAAGCAGGAGAGGUACUAUAAGCUGAUAUUGACUGCUUCAGACCGUACCCUCCAUGACAACUGCUAUGUGCAUAUCAACAUCACUGACGCCAAUACUCACCGGCCAGUCUUCCAAAGUGCCCACUAUUCAGUCAGCGUGAAUGAGGACAGGCCUGUGGGCAGUACAGUUGUGGUCAUCAGUGCCACAGAUGAUGAUGUGGGUGAAAAUGCUCGAAUCACAUACCUCUUGGAGGACAACCUUCCCCAGUUUCGAAUUGACGUAGACUCUGGAGCUAUCACACUGCAAGCUGAGCUAGACUAUGAGGACCAGGUGACUUAUACGCUAGCCAUAACAGCCAAGGACAAUGGUAUCCCUCAGAAGGCUGAUACCACCUAUGUGGAGAUCAUGGUCAACGAUGUGAAUGACAAUGCCCCCCAAUUUGUGGCCUCUUACUACCCUGGUGUCAUUUCUGAAGAUGCUCCUCCCUUCACCAGUGUCCUGCAGAUCUCAGCUACUGACCGAGAUGCCCAUGCCAAUGGCCGGGUCCAGUAUACCUUCCAGAAUGGUGAGGAUGGUGAUGGUGACUUCACCAUUGAGCCCACCUCGGGUAUUGUCCGAACAGUGCGGAGGCUAGAUCGGGAGAGUGUUCCCGUGUACGAACUGACUGCCUAUGCUGUGGAUCGGGGUGUUCCCCCACUGAGGACCCCUGUUAACAUUCAAGUAACUGUCCAGGAUGUUAAUGACAAUGCUCCAGUAUUCCCAGCGGAAGAGUUUGAGGUCAGGGUGAAGGAGAACAGCAUAGUGGGAUCAGUAGUGGCUCAAAUCACGGCGAUUGACCCCGAUGAGGGCCCUAAUGCCCAAGUCAUGUAUCAGAUUGUAGAAGGUAACAUCCCAGAACUCUUCCAGAUGGACAUCUUCUCUGGAGAGCUGACAACUCUCAUUGACCUGGACUAUGAGGUACGACCUGAGUAUGUGAUUGUGGUGCAAGCAACCUCAGCUCCCCUGGUUAGCAGAGCCACUGUCCAUAUACGCCUCAUUGACCAGAAUGACAAUAGCCCUGUCCUCAAGAACUUCCAAAUUCUUUUCAAUAACUAUGUGUCCAACCGGUCCAACACUUUUCCAUCUGGUAUCAUUGGACGGAUCCCAGCCUACGACCCCGAUGUCUCUGACCGCCUUUUUUAUACCUUUGAGCGAGGCAAUGAACUAGAGCUGCUUGUAGUAAACCAGACCAGCGGGGAGCUUCGACUCAGCCGGAAGUUGGAUAAUAAUCGUCCACUGGUGGCUUCCAUGCUUGUGACAGUAACAGAUGGUCUCCAUAGCGUGACCGCGCAGUGCGUAUUGAGGGUCACCAUCAUCACGGAGGACAUGCUGGCCAACAGCCUGACAGUACGCUUGGAGAACAUGUGGCAGGAGCGCUUCUUGUCCCCGCUCCUGGCCAGCUUCCUGGAGGGGGUAGCCACCGUGCUGGCCACGCCCAAGGAGGACGUGUUCAUCUUUAACAUCCAAAACGACACGGACGUGGGCGGGUCGGUGCUCAACGUGAGUUUCUCGGCGCUGGCUCCGGGAGGGGGAGCCCCCGGGGCAGGUGGUGGCGGGGGGCCCUACUUCAGCUCCGAGGAGUUGCAGGAGCAGCUGUACGUGCGCCGGGCCGCCCUGGCUGCCGCCUCGCUCCUCGACGUGCUGCCCUUCGACGACAACGUGUGCCUGCGGGAGCCCUGCGAGAACUACAUGAAGUGCAUCUCCGUGCUGCGCUUCGACUCGUCCGCGCCCUUCCUGGCCUCCGCCUCCACCCUCUUCCGGCCUAUCCACCCCAUCGCGGGCCUGCGCUGCCGCUGUCCGCCCGGCUUCACGGGCGACUACUGCGAGACCGAGAUCAACCUGUGCUACUCCAACCCGUGCCGCAACGGGGGCGCCUGCGCGCGUCGCGAGGGCGGCUACACGUGCAUCUGCCGCCCGCACUUCACAGGUGAGAACUGUGAACUGGAUAGCAGAGCUGGCCGAUGCGUGCCCGGUGUCUGCCGAAAUGGUGGGACUUGCACCAAUACACCUUCUGGUGGCUUCCGUUGCCAGUGCCCAGGGGGCGGGGGCUUCGAGGGGCCCUACUGUGAGGUAGCUGUCCGAUCCUUCCCUCCUAACUCCUUCCUCAUGUUCCGGGGUCUGCGCCAACGAUUUCACCUCACUCUCUCCCUCUCGUUUGCUACAGUGCGGUCCCAUGGACUUCUCUUCUACAAUGGCCGCCUCAAUGAGAAACAUGAUUUUCUUGCCCUGGAAAUUGUUGCAGGACAAGUGAGGCUUACCUACUCCACGGGGGAAUCAAGCACAGUAGUGAGCCCCAUAGUGCCCAGUGGUGUGAGUGAUGGGCAGUGGCAUACAGUGCAGUUGAGAUACUACAACAAGCCCCGGACCAGUGCCCUAGGAGGGGUUCAGGGCCCUUCCAAGGACAAAGUGGCUGUGCUGAGCGUGGAUGAGUGUGACACCCCCGUGGCCCUGCAGUUUGGGGCUGAGAUCAGCAACUACUCAUGUGCAGCUGAGGGUGUCCAGACCAGCUCCAAGAAGUCACUGGAUCUGACUGGACCUUUGCUCUUGGGUGGUGUCCCCAACCUGCCUGAGAAUUUCCCUGUGUCCCACAAGGAGUUUGUAGGCUGCAUGAAAGAUUUGUUCAUUGAUAGCCGCCGUGUGGAUAUGGCAGCUUUUGUGGCCAACAAUGGCACUACUCCUGGCUGCCAGGCCAAGCGAGCCUUCUGUGUCUCCAGCCCUUGCCAGAAUGGUGGUACCUGCUCUGAUGCCUGGGCUGGCUUCCGAUGCGAUUGCCCUGUGGGCUUCGGGGGAAAAGACUGUGGGCUUGCCAUGGGCCAUCCCUAUCGUUUUCGUGGCAACGGAGCCCUGAGCUGGGACUUUGGGAGUGAAGUGACUGUUUCGGUGCCCUGGUACCUGGGGCUGGCAUUCCGGACACGGGUGCCCCAUGGGGUCUUGCUGCAGAUUCAGGCUGGACAGCACAGUUCCCUCCUAUGCCAGCUGGAAAGGGGACUCUUGUCCUUGGUGGUGGACAGGGGCUCUGGCCGAACCGCCCGCCUUCUGCUGGACCAAGUGACACUCAAUGAUGGCAGAUGGCAUGACAUCCGUCUGGAGCUGCAGGAUGGACGAGCUGGGCGGUCUGGGCACUAUCUUCUCACGGUCACAGUGGAUUUUGGCCUCUUCCAGGACACCAUGGCAGUGGGGAGUGAGCUACAUGGGCUAAAGGUGAAGCACCUUCACGUUGGGGGUCUGCUCAAGGCCCAUGAUAUCCAUCGGGGCCUUGAUGGAUGUAUCCAGGGAGUGUGGCUGGGCACCAUGCCCUCAGGGGCCCCAGCCCUCCCUCCACCCAGCAGUAAGAUGAAUGCAGAGCCAGGCUGCAAUGUGCUGAGCCCCUGUGCCUCCAAGCCCUGUCCUCUGCAUGCUGACUGCCGGGAUGAGUGGCAGACCUUCUCCUGUGUCUGCCACGCAGGUUACUAUGGGAAGGCCUGUGUGGAUGCCUGCCACCUGAAUCCCUGUAAGAACAAGGGUUCCUGCCAACGGCAAGCAGGAGCACCUCAUGGUUAUGCUUGCGAGUGUGAGGAUGGCCACUUUGGACCUCACUGUGAGCACAGAAUGGACCAGCAGUGUCCUCGGGGCUGGUGGGGGAGCCCAGCCUGUGGACCCUGCAACUGUGAUGUCAACAAGGGCUUUGAUCCAGAUUGUAACAAGACCAAUGGGCAGUGUUAUUGUAAGGAGUUCCAUUUCCGACCCCGGGGGAGCGACACCUGCCUCCCCUGUGACUGCUACCCUGUGGGCUCCUCUUCACGCUCCUGCUCCCAGGACAGCGGGCAGUGCCCCUGCCGGCCUGGAGUCAUCGGCCGGCAAUGCAACAGCUGUGACAGCCCUUUUGCCGAGGUCACCGCCAGUGGCUGCCGGGUGCUCUAUGAUGGAUGCCCCAAGUCACUGAAAGGUGGUGUGUGGUGGCCACAGACCAAGUUUGGGCUCUUGGCCACAGUGCCUUGCCCCAAAGGGUCCUUGGGUUUGCGGGGAACAGGUGCUGCCAUCAGGCACUGUGAUGAGGACAGGGGGUGGCUGGAGCCAGACCUCUUCAACUGUACCUCACCUGCUUUCCGGGAACUGGGCCUACUGCUAGAAGAUCUAGAGCGCAAUGAAACAGAGCUGGACACCAUUGAGGCCAAGAAGUUGGCGCAGCGGCUUCGCACAGUAACCGGCCACACCGAGCGCUACUUCGGCAAUGAUGUCCACAUUGCCGCCCGUCUUUUGGGCCGGCUCCUGACCUUCGAGAGUCAUCAGCAGGGCUUUGGGCUCACGGCCACACAGGAUGCCCACUUUAAUGAGAAUCUGCUCUGGGCUGGCUCAGCUGUGCUGGCCCCUGAGACCCGUAAGCUGUGGGAUUCUCCAUGGCCACAAGCCCUAGGUGGGACCCCAAUCCGGGGGGCCAGUGCAGGCCUUAUUGAGAAGCUGGAGGAGUACACAGCAACAUUGGCCCAGAACAUGGAGCUCACGUAUCUGAACCCUGUGGGCUUGGUGGCGCCUAAUAUUAUGCUCAGCAUUGAUCGAAUGGAACCUCCUGCUUCCACCAUGGGGGGACAUCGAUAUCCUCGUUACCACGGUAGCCUUUUCCGGGGCCAAGAUGCCUGGGACCCUCAUACACAUGUAGUACUGCCCCCUCCAGUACCCCGGCCCCCACAACCAGAGGCUCUGCCCACAAGUGGCAGCAGUGAUGCCAAUGGGACGGCAGAAAGCGUGGCAGGCCGAGGGGGACCCCUGGAGGCAGAGCCAGGUCUCACCAUUGUCAUCCUUCUCAUCUACCGAACCCUGGGAGGGCUGCUCCCUGCCCGCUACCAGGCAGAACGCCGAAGCGUUAGGCUCCCCCGGAACCCAGUCAUGAACUCUCCAGUGGUCAGCGUGUCCGUGUUCAGGGAGCGCAGCUUCUUGCAGGGAGUUCUAGAGUCGCCUGUCACCCUGGAGUUCCGCCUGCUGCAGACGGCAAAUCGAAGCAAACCCCUGUGUGUGCAGUGGGAGCGGCCCAGCCCGAGUGACCCUUGGGGUGUGUGGACAGCCCGUGAUUGUGAGCUUGUGCACAGGAAUGGCACCCAUGUGCGCUGCCAGUGUUCCCGGCUCGGUACUUUUGGGGUGCUCAUGGAUGCCUCCCAUCGAGAGCGUCUGGAAGGUGACCUGGCUCUCCUGGCAGUAGUUACUCAUGUGACUGUAUCAGUGACUGUGGCUUCCUUGCUCCUGACUGUGGCUGUCCUGCUCAGCCUUCGAGGCCUCAAGUCUAACACCCGUGGGAUCCAUGCCAACGUGGCAGCUGCACUUGGCCUGGCUGAGCUGCUCUUCUUCCUGGGGAUUUACCACACCCACAACCAGUUCCUGUGCACUGUGAUUGCCAUUGUCCUCCAUUACCUCUUCUUGGGCACCUUCUCCUGGCUCUUUGUGCAGGGCCUGCACCUCUAUCGAAUGCAGGCUGAGGCUCGAAAUGUGGACCUUGGGGCAAUGCGUUUCUACUAUGCCCUGGGCUGGGGUGUUCCGGCCAUCCUUCUGGGCCUUGCCGUAGGCCUUGACCCUGGGGGAUACGGGAACUCAGACUUCUGUUGGAUUUCCAUCCAUGAUAAACUGGUGUGGAGCUUUGCUGGCCCUAUCGUCUUGGUCAUUUCGAUGAAUGGGGUCUUGUUCCUACUGGUGGCAAGGAUGUCCUGCUCCCCUGGGCAGAGGGAAGCCAAGAAGAUGUUUGUGCUCUCCUUCCUGCUGCUCCUGCUCAUCAGCGCCUCCUGGCUCUUCGGUCUCCUGGCAGUCAACCAUAGCGUCCUGGCCUUCCACUACCUCCACGCUGGGUUCUGCGGCCUUCAGGGCCCAGCUGUGCUGCUGCUCUUCUGUGUCCUGAAUGAGGAGACCCGAGGGGCCUGGGCCUCAGCCUGUCUGGGUAGGAAAGCAGGAACAGAGGAGGCAAGGCCGACCCCGGGCACGGGCCCUGGUGCUUACAACAACACAGCCCUGUUUGAGGAAAGUGGCCUCAUCCGAAUCACUCUGGGGGCUUCCACAGUGUCUUCUGUUAGCAGUGCUCGGUCCGCCAGGACGCAGGACAGUCAGCGAGGCAGAGGUGGCCUCCUCAGGGAGAAUGUUUUGGCAAAACAUGGCUCAGCUGCUGACCACACUGACCAGAGUCUCCUGGCCCAUGGUGGGCCCACAGACCUGGAUGUGGCCAUGUUCCAUCGAGAUGCUGGGGGAGGCAUGGACUCAGACUCAGACAGUGACUUGUCCCUGGAAGAAGAUCGCAGUUUGUCCAUCCCAUCCUCAGAGAGCGAGGAUAAUGUCCGGCCCCGUGGCCGAUUCCAGCACCCUCUUCGCCGGGCGGCCCACAGUGAACGGCUCCUCACUCACCCAGCCAGCAGCACUCCCAAAGAUGUGGAUGGUAAUGACCUACUGUCCUACUGGCCAGCCCUGGGGGAUUGUGAGGUACAUCCCUGCUCCCUGCAGACCUGGGGAUCUGAGCGUCGUCUGGGGCUGGAUACCAGCAAGGAUGCAGCCAACAAUAACCAGACUGAACUGGCACUGACCAGUGGGGAUGAGAACACAAUCGGCCACACCCAGCUUAGCCACACCCAGCGACAGAGGAAAGGUAUACUGAAGAACCGGCUGCAAUACCCAUUGGCUCUACAUGGGCUCCCUUCCACCAGUGCUCGAGGGGCUCCUGAGCUGUCCUGGUACCGGUCCUCUACCUUGGGCCACCGGGCAGUACCGGCUGCCUCCUAUGGCCGCAUCUACUCUGGCACAGGUAGCCUCUCCCAGCCAGCUAGUCGCUACUCCUCUCGGGAACAGUUGGAUCUGCUGCUUCGUCGGCAGAUGUCUCGGGAACAGCUGGAGGAGGCCACUCCUCUUCCCAUGUACUCCACUAGUCGCCAUGGCUCCCGGGAGCAGUUGGAGAGGGUCCCUAGCUGUCAUAAGCCAAGGUUCCGGGGGAGCACGCUGCCUCGAAGGCAGCCACCCAGGGACCAUCUAGAUGCCCUGGCCACCCGGUUUGGGUCCAGGGAGCCCUUGGACUCUGGGGCAUCUCAGGAGUGGCCAAGCCCACUGCCCCACCUCAGGGGCUCCAGAGACCAGCUCUUGCCUACGAGUCAGAGGUCUCGGGAACAGCUGGAUUGUUUAGCUAGGAGCUCAAACUCUCCAGAACAGCUGGACAUGAGGCCCUGUCGGCAUCCAUCAAGGGAGAACUUAGAACCACUCUCUAGGCGUCUCCCAUCAAGGGAGAAUGUGGCGGCUUGUCCAAGCAGGGCCCCUUCCACUGAACAAUUAGACAUCCUCUCCUCCAUUCUGGCCUCCUUCAACUCCUCAGCUCUCUCCUCUUCUGUGCAGUCCUCCAGUACGCCUUCAGGCCCUCAUACCACCGCUACGCCUUCUGCCACAGCCUCAGCACCAGGGCACUCCACACCUCGCUCAGCUACAUCCCAUAGUAUAUCAGAGUUGUCGCCAGACUCAGAAGUCACAAGAAGUGACGGCCACUCCUGAGAAGCGAACAGCGGCAAAGGAGGAGUGAAAAGAGUGAAAGGAGCGGGAGGUGGUUUGAAGACAUCUCCAACAUAAGUUUGGGGUCUCUCCUUUCCACCAGCUCUGGAUUAGACAGAGGAGAGUUUGGGGGUGCCAGGAUCCCUUCCCCCUCUCCUCCUAUAUUGAGACCCACUCGCUUGUGAGAGGAGGGGCUCCCACUGGCCCAUCCCAAACUGGAUCUUCCUUUCUGUAACACUUGGGCACUGUGUGUGCAUGAGUGUGCAUGCUGGUGCGUGUUUGGGGAGGGGCCAGGGCCUGGGAGGACUUUUAUAUAUUUUGUACCUUUGUAAUCAGAGAGAAAGAUGUCUAUCCUUA